AGAGACUUCUCUUUCCUGCAGUUUGCCUUUGUGUUGUUUGGGGCUUCUUUCUUUCUGGUGGAGUUAUCAGCUAUGGAUUGGGUUCGAGGAGACGUUCUUGGUCAGGGAAGCUUUGGAAGUGUAAGUCUGGCGGUAACCAGAAAGGAUUAUUCUCGAUUUCCUUCGUUAAUAGCGGUGAAAACUUGUCAAGAUUCUUGUUCUACUAGUUUGAAGAACGAGAAGGAAGUACUUGAUGAAUUGGGUAGUUGUCCGCAGAUUGUGAGGUGUUUUGGUGAUGACUAUAGUGUUGAAAACGGUGAGAGAUUUUAUAAUCUCUUGUUGGAGUAUGCAUCUCGAGGGAGUUUGGCUGAUCGGGUGAAGAAAAAUAACGGGAGAUUGCGAGAGUCAGAUGUUAGGCGAUACGCAAGAUCAGUGCUUCAAGGCCUUCGUCAUAUUCACGCCAAAGGGUUUGUUCACUGUGAUAUAAAGCUCCAAAACGUGCUGGUUUUUGACAAGGGUGAGGCCAAGAUCGCUGAUUUUGGUUUGGCAAAGAAAUCAGGAAAGGAAAAUCAACAAGAGAAGUUUGAGUGCAGAGGAACGCCGUUGUAUAUGUCACCGGAAGCUGUAAACGACAACGAAUAUGAGGCACCGGGAGAUAUAUGGGCUCUGGGGUGCGCCGUGGUGGAGAUGAUGACGGGGAAACCAGCUUGGAAUCUCAAAGAUGGAGCCAAUGUUUUUGGUUUGUUGAUUAGAAUUGGCGUAGGAGAUGAGUUGCCGUUAAUUCCUGGAGAAUUGUCCGAUGAAGGCAAAGAUUUUUUGAUCAAAUGUUUUGUUAAGGAUCCUAAAAAGAGGUGGACUGCUGAGAUGCUGUUGAACCAUCCAUUCGUUUCUGUGAAUGAUUCUUCUGAAGAUCAUGAUGAGGAGAUCCUUACAUUGAAGGAGGAAAUCAAAGAAUCACCAAGAUGUCCUUUUAAUUUUCCAGAAUGGAUUUCAGUUCAAUUAUCUGUAAGAACAUCAAGGAAUUCUUCAAGCUCUGUUUCAUUUGUGUCAUCUCGAAUUUGCUUCUUGGGCAGAAUCAGGCAACUGGCCCGUGAUGAGAGACCAGAUUGGUCAGAUUCAGAUAGUUGGGUCACUGUGAGAUAAAAUUGAAGGACAAGAUCAAGCGACUUGGAGAUUUCUUGAAUUGAUGCAGAUUUUUUUUUUCUUUUUCUGCUGUAAAUUAGUUGGAGAGACACUGAGACUGACUUAGAUAAUAGAAGGGGGGUCCUGUAAGUGUACAUAACAGAUUUUUUAAAUGAAUUAAAUUCCUUUCCAA